AUGGAGUCCCAGGCGCAAGCAAUGUCCCAGUACCGUUACCCAGGCCCCAUCUUCGGUAGGGUGUCUCCUGAGAUUAUGGAGGAGUCGCUGAUCCACCUGGCCAUGGAGAACGAGCAGCACCUGAAUGAGCUGCCCAAGCAGGCCGGCUGCUUCAAGGAGGCACGGAUUGUGGAAUUCGUAUUCCUUUUGUCUGAAAAAUGGCACUUGGACCAAUCGGCAAGGUACCAAGCAGUAGAGUUACUUGAAAGGUUCAUGGUCAAGAAAGUAGAACAAAUCUGGAAGCCCUCCAGAGAGAACAUUAAAAGACGUGAAGAAAGACAAGGCAGCAGCAGGAGCUCUCUGAAAGAUGAGAUGUAUGACACGUUUGUCCUGCGACUUGUGUCGUGCGUUCAGCUUGCAAGCAAGCUUUCCUUACACUAUAAUAUAGUAAACAGUGACAAAGCUUUAAAAUUCCUGCAGUCCUUAAAGUACUCGUACACUAAACAGGAAUUGCUCGAGUCCGAGCUCACCAUUUUAAAAACUCUGCGCUUCCAGAUCAAUGUAUUGACUCCUUUGGCUUAUGUGGAAUUGCUGCUGGAGGUUUUGGGACACAACGGCUGCCUGCUUCCUGCAGAGCCCUUGCACCAGAUGUGCAUGCAGGUGCUGGACUUCUCCUACCUCAGCAGAGACAGCAUCUACGACACGCUGCUCAAGAUCGCCAUCGAGAACUCGACACCGAGCAAACUGCAGGUAGCAAAGUUUUUGACAGUAAAGGAAGAUUUCAUGCUUUUGGCUGUUGGAAUCAUCAGCACAAGCGUGUUCGUGCUGAACCCCGAGCACUGGAAGCAGGUUGUAGAGCACUUACACUGCAUCACUGGCAUUUCCUCACAAAGUAUCUUAGAGUUUUCUUACGCGGUACUGAAGCACGUCAUUGGCAGCACCACUCCAAAGCAGCGCUACAGCAACAGCGGGGUAAAAGCUGCAGAGAAGAGAAUUCUGCCCCUCAGAUAG